UGAAGGAACUGAAAGUGGAUCUACGGCUCGCCAAACGCGAUGUCGACAAAUACAAAGAGACCACCAAAUGGUUGCGCGAAGAGAAGCGCGAACUCAAGGAUCAGAUGACGACAAUGAACGCCACGCUAGAGGAGCUGAAGCGGUCGCUCGACGAGAAGGACUCGCAGAUCAAGGAUCUGCUCAAAACUAAUGAUAAGUCCAUCCGUCAGUUGUCCGACGAGUUGCGCGCUCUUCACGAGGACACCGACGCCAAGCAAUUGAGAUAUCAGGAAUCGCGAGAAGAUUACGAGCAACGAGUCCGCGAUCUUCGGGACGAGACUAAGUCAUUGAGGGAUCAGCUGAACAAAGAGAUUGUUUGGAAACGAAAAUACGACGAUUCGGUCAAAAAGGGUGAACUAAAUACCAAUCAAUUGAUGGAAACCCAAUAUCAGAUCCAAUCGCUGGAGAAUGAGUUGAAGGCGAAGAACACUGUCAUCGAUACGAAAGACAAAGAGCUGCGAAAGAUUAGCAGCAAUUAUAAGAUACUUCGGGAACAGUGCCAACAGAUGGACAAACAGACGGAACAGUUUAAGAACAAAUACGUUGGUCUCGGAGUCGUGAAGGAGAAGCUGAUCGCCGACAAGGACUCGACACUAACCGAAGUCCAGAAGUUGAGCAAA